AUGUCGCACAUGCUCUCCGGCAAAGCCGAUGAAAGCGACCAGCCCCCACCAGCCCAGUUCCCGGUUGAGUUGUCCCAACACGACGUUAUUCCGGAGACGAUUUCUCGGGAGUUCCUGCUCCAGAAGAUUCAGGAAAAGCUGGGAGAAGAGCAAGAACUCCCCAUACUGGUCCACGGGGAGCCCCAACCGUUCCCCCUGCAGCCCAGAGGGCGAAGACCCCCUUGCAGGGGGGUGGGCUGCACCCGCAAGCUGCCCCUCUACAAGCUGGAAGACUUCCCGCCGGGCCGCCCCUCCCUCGGCAACCUGCAGGCCCUCUGCUCCGUGGGGCGGAAGAAGCCCAGCUACGGGCCCUGGAACCUGCCCCAGACCAGUUUCAGCCACCUCUCGCGCCAGGGGGAGGUCCUGAACCAGCUGGAGACCCAGUUCACCCGCUGCUGUCAGCUGGCCCAGGAUCAGAAGCUCUCCUGUGCCACCAACGAGUGGGAAAAAUGCCUGAUCCGGUUUUGCAAGCAGGAGUACUCCAUCAAGACACGCCCCUUCCACUGCUGCCGCGUGGGUGCCCGCGAGGGCCGGCUCGCCUGCUUCGCCAGCCAAGCCCCCUUCCCCACCUAUGAGGGUGAGGGGGCAUCGCUGGACCUGGCCAACCUCACCACCCCCAUCCUGGACUCCAUUUGCAGCCAAGCGUCCGGCCAGGCCAAGCA